AAAAUUCAAAACAAAAAAAAUUUUUCUGGCGAGCGGACGUGUAGCGGACGAAAGUUUGAGCACCGAAACAGAACGGAAGAAGAGAACAGGACAGAACGAGACGGACAGCGGGGAAAGGUGGCCAGGCAAAGAAAGUGCCAUAUGAACUGAGUGUGCGAGCGAGCGAGCGAGAGAGAGAGCAACUGAGUGUGUGUGUGCCUGUGUAGUUCAGUGUGCGUAGUUGUGUGGGAGUUUUGUGUACGAAGCGAGUGGCAGGCAAAACACAACAAACAUAAUUCCAAGGAAAUUUCCAGUCGUCAUGUCGGUGGAAUCCUCCAGCUCGGCGAUCCAGCAGCCGCCGUCGUCCUCGACCCUGCCGCUCCUGGGCGACAACCAGGUGGUGGCCACGACCAGCAGCAGUUCCGCCUCCUCGGCCUCCGCCUCCUCCUCCUCCUCGUCCUCCUCCUCCUCGGGGGGCGUUGGCAGUGUGGUGGGCGUGCCGCUGGACACGCAGAGCAGCGGCGAGCCGCCGGCCAAGAAACAGUUACUGGACGGUGGGGCCACCAGCAGCAGCGGCAGUUUGCUUUCCAGUGCAGCGGCUGCAUCGGGAAUGCACGAGAAGCUGGCCCAUCGCAUCUCCAAUGCCCUGUGCUGCGCCGUCUGCCUGGAUUUGCCCAAGACGGCCAUGUACCAGUGCCAGAUGGGUCACUUGAUGUGCGCCGCCUGUUUCACCCACCUGCUGGCGGAUGGACGCCUGCGCGAUCAAAUUGCCACUUGCCCCAAUUGUCGCGUGGAAAUAUCAAAGAGCACUGCUUCGCGUAACUUGGCGGUGGAGAAGGCCGCCUCCGAGUUGCCCAGCGAGUGCCAGUUUUGCAACAAGGAGUUCCCUUACAAAUCACUCGAACGCCAUGAACAACACGAGUGCCAGGAGCGGCCCACCAAAUGCAAAUAUCAUCGCAUUGGCUGCCAGUGGCGUGGACCCUUCCAUGAGACUAACGAGCAUGAGCGCAACUGCUUGCACCCUCAGAAGUCUGGCUACGAGGUAAUGGCCGCCCUGGAGGCUCACGAUGACAGGAUCAAGGAGGAGAAAAAGAUGUUCAACACCCUGAUUGACUUGCUUAGCUACGAGAAGAUCAUAUUCAAUGAUCUUCAAAUGAAACCCUACCGAACGGACGAGUAUGUGCACAAGCUGUUCUAUGAGACGGCUCGGUUCUCGGCCUUCAAUCAGCAGUGGGUGGUGAAGGCGCGCAUCAACAAUAGCCAGCGCGAUCCGCACCAAUCUAAUGAGCGGACCAUCACCUAUCAGCUGAUCCUGAAGACCAAGACCAGCACGCCCAUGAGCAUACAUUUCUUUGCGCUCAAGGGUCCGUUCUCGGACAUGAAAGUCUCCACGCAGAUCUACAAGCACGAGUUCACCGAGACGAGUACCGAGAGUGAGUAUUAUGUUUUGCCUUUACCAGACGGUAUCGGCGGUAGCGGCUCAAGUGAAUGCAACCGUAUGCUGGCCAACAAAGGCAUUAACUUCCGCCUGCUCAUGUUUCUGCUGAACAAGUAAACAGUGUUCGCUGUGUGCAGACGAUAAAGAUUUUCAAAUUAGCUUAAGUUUGUUGUUUCAAACUCUUGAAUGUGCAAAACCUAGACAUAGUUGAUUUAUAUUUUCUAUAAAUGUAUAUGUAUAACUUCGAUACGGAAGCCCCGAGAACCCAAAAAACCGAAUAACCGAUAAAAACCCGUUCGCCGUAACGUCAUAAUAUAUAUUUCAAUCAAAUUCAAGAUCACGCAGACGUAACGCGGUAGGUUGUAACCUAAGUUUAGAGUGUAGUUUCGCCUACAUUUUGUACAUGAGAUAAUGCCAUUUUAUGGAGACACCCCUUUCAAAUAGCUAUGUUAAUUUUGCUGUUAGUGCUGGUGGCGAAAUGGAAUCGAUUGAUGGACAAGGACAAGACAGCAGACGUGUGUGUUUGACUAACGUUAAAAUGAUCUCAGAACAGGAAGGAGCCAACAGCCCACGCUAACCCGAUAAUACCGAUAAUAACCAUAUAAUAGCUGUAGAUUAACUGUCCGGACGCAGGGACCUCGAGUCCACGGCUCCGUUUUCACUGUAAGAAGAACAACACCAAGUUGAAAUUCGAACCCUAGGCGCGCAUAUAUAACGCUCUAUUUGAUAUAUAAUGUAGCUAUAGAUUACUACGAUCACAUAGCCCGGGCCGAAGUAAGAACACCCAAAAGAAAAACUAAUGCAAAAAUAUAAAGAACUCGCGAGUCCUCACGUUCAAAUCUUGUCUAAUCCUCGUUCUGUUGACCCUCUUACGAUUUAAUGCUUACAACUUACAUUCGUACAUGUAAUAUUUAUAUGCAUCGUUAAAUGAUAACUAUAACUAAUGCAUAUAUAAUAAAGAUACUUCUUAAUAAAUCAAA